AUGGUCUCACGCCAACGUCAAGCACGUCGAGCUGAUUCCAAACAUACCACUGAUGUUCAGAACAAAUCGAAUAUUUUAUACGUCUUAUACCAAUCGAUUAAUGUGUAUAGCAAAGAUCGCAUCGGUAUAUCAAUAGCGCAUGGAGAAGGUAGAUUUUAUUUUAUACUUGUAAAUCACAACAAACAAUGUGAAGAAGAUAGGAAUCAAUCUCAUCAAAUGGCGACUAAUCUAGAAAAUAUUCCAACUUUUCUCCAUGGUAAUAUGUCUUCAUCUGUUUUUGACAGUCCAUGUCCUAGCGUGGCAUCUGAUAAACAAGAUGUGAUAAUUGUUCUCGACGACGAUGACAGUGACAUUGAAAUUGAUGAAAUAUCAAGUACGAAUGUGAAUGAAAAACAACGACAAUCACAGUAUGCUGUGAAGAUGAAAAUGAACAAGCUUAAUCUGCACGAGCAAAUUAUCGUCGUGAAAGCAAAUUUACCUGUGCGAGUCUGUCAAACGGCGAUACCUUAUCCAGACCUUGAAGAUAUACAUAUUCUUACAAUUUAUAGUCCUCACUCAGCAAUACCUGAACAUGUGACCAAGAGACAAGUGUAUAUGAACGAACCAUGUUUGUUAUCAGAUAUUCCUAGUCGAUCACGUGUCUUUCAUCGUGCAACCUCGUUACUUGGUUUUGUCUUAGAAGCUGCAUGUGCGACAACGAAUAACUAUCGUUGUCUUGUUUUAUAUGAUGAUUUUACUGCUUGUUAUCAUUCUUCAUCGGAUCUACAUUUAUGCUUAUGUCAAGAUUUUCGUCGACAUUUAUUAAAUAUUGAUUUUAAAGAGUUGCGUAAUCAUUAUCAGAAAGUAUUCAAUGAUUCGCAGAACGCCACAGAAACGUCCCACGUAAUGAAUAGUGUUAUUCGCGUACGUAAAUUCGGUGGUCAAUAUCAUAAUGUUCGAGUUAUCGAUAUCGAUCAAUUAUUGAUUAAAAUCUGUUUUUUCGAACGGAAAUCGAAGAAAGAAAUGUGGAUUCAUUGCAAUUCGUCAAUUAUUGAGCAAUCUCAGCCAAAUACUCAAUCAUUGAUUGAACUAAUUCCUGUUGAUCCUCCAACACCAACUGAUGACAGUCUGGAUUCCGAUUUACCACGAUUACGCAAACGAAAAACUGACGAGAAUAAUAAGAACAGAAAAGGUGGAAAAAAACUUCGCGAUCGAUCGAAUACUCGACAAUUACUCUUAUCUAUCAACGACGAUGUGUCAUUGGAAGCGCACCAAAACAUUCUAACAACCUAUUACACAAAUAUAUUGCUUCCAAAAUUUCGUGCACUCAAUGCAUUACCUUCAGCAGUACAUAAAUGCGGCCAGCAGUGUGUUCAAUCAGCAGAAGAGAACUUCUGUCCAAGCCGAAUUCGAUAUAAUCCAUUUCUACUUCCGUUCGAAUGUCAAUGGUCAGUCGUUGACAGUAAACCUCGUGGCUAUCGAACACCAUGUCGUCGAACACUUUAUUCUCUCGAUGAUAUUGAACAAUAUCUCUAUCGAACGCAGUCGAAACUAUCCAUUAAAUACUUCGUCGAUGGCGUUCUGACUCGUUUCAAACCACCAAUCGAUAAUCAGGACAGAAACUGCAUUCUAUCAGAUGAUCUAUCCAACGGCCAGGAAAAUGUUCAAGUCUCUGUAUAUAAUGAUAUUGAUAAUGAGAAACCAGAUAAUUUUGUAUAUAUUACGAAAAUUCAACCGAUCGACAGUCGAAUUGCUGCAGCGCUCAAUGACACAAAUAUGACUUCGUGCUGUGAUUGUACUGAUAAUUGUAGUGAUCGAAUGAAAUGUGCUUGUUUUCGAAAGACAUUGACUCAAGCUCAAGUCAAUCGCGAUCCAUUAGUCAUGGAGAAGGAGAAAUACCGCUACACACAAUCUCAUAUGUUGAAAACAACAGGCUAUCAACGAAAACGUUUACUAAAUUCUAUAUCAAGUGGUAUUUAUGAAUGUAAUUCGAAGUGUUCAUGUCAUCGUGAACAUUGCUCGAAUCGUCUUGUCCAACAAGGCGUAUUUGUACAUUUACAGCUAUUUAAAGACAAAUUGAAAGGUUGGGGCUUACGUACGUUGCAUGAUUUACCUCGUGGAACGUUCGUAUGCCAAUAUAUUGGAGAAUUAUUAACAUCAGAUCAAGGACAUGAACGUGCACAAACAAUGGAUGAUAAGUAUCAAACAAGUUUAGACAUAGUGAAACAAGUUCGAUAUGAAAUUAGCAAUGAAGAUGACAUGGAUGAUGAUGAUGAUGACGAGGAAGAGCCGUAUGUGAUUGAUGGAAGUCUAUACAGCAAUUUGGGAAAGUAUUUCAAUCAUUCAUGUGAUCCGAAUAUGUUUAUUCAGAAUGUUUUCAUCGAAUCACACGAUCUACAUUUCCCAAACCUUGCUCUAUUUACUCAUACACACAUCAAAGCUGGCCAAGUCAAUCGUUCAAAUCUGGCGACUCCUUUCUUUCUUCAACAAUCUCGACAAAAUUCAAUAAGAGCGAACCAUAAAACUUCAAUUCAUUCAUUGAUAACCAUCUUACCUAAUGCGUCGCUAUCGUCGUCACAAUCAACUGAUGAAUCAUCGACGUCGACAAUACAUCAUCCGGCCAGUUCAGCAAAUACAUUACAACUGUUCCGUCGAAUGUUAUCAAUAAGACGAUCGUCCAGUACAAAACCAUCGAUCUACCAUUCGUACAAUUUACGUGCGUUUGACGUCGCGCGCGAUCAUUAUGAAAUUACUGUACAUUUUCUUGAUGAUACCGAACGAACUUUUCAUGUUGAACGGCGAGGUAAAGGAAGUGAUGUAUUGAAUGAAAUUUUCGAUUAUCUGGAUUUGACUACUGAAAGAAAGUACUUCGGCUUACUUAUUGAAGAUUUAACACAAGAUUUUGCCUAUCAAUGGCUAGACGCGACAAAACCGUUGAAAAAACAAUUCGCACCAAAUAUGACCAGUCAUCAUCUGUAUUUCAAAGUUCGAUUUUUCCUAAUCGAUCCCACGACGCAGAUCGAUGAUGAAUUUACGAAAUAUUUGUUUGUAUUACAAAUCAAAAAAGAACUUCUUAGCGGAAAAAUUUGGUGUCCUCGAGUAGUGGCAAUCAGAUUAGCAAGUUAUAUUGUGCAAAGUGAACUAGGUGAUUACGAUGUUAAUGCACAUCACCAUGGUUAUUUGAAAGAUUUUCGUUUUGUGCCAUUUCAAAACAAAGAUUUCGAAGAUGAAGUUGAACUUUAUCAUAAACAACAUCAAGGUCAAUUGCCAGCGGAUGCUGAAAGUAAUUAUCUUCGUAUUGCAAGUUCGUUGGAUAUGUACGGUGUUGAGUUGCAUAAAUCAUCUGUGAAAGUAUCCCAUACAAAUGAAACUAAUUAUAAUUCUAUCGUGGAGUUAUAUGUGGGUGUUUCGGCUGUGGGAAUAUCUGUCUUUCAGAAUUCGACGAAAAUCAACACAUUUUUAUGGGAUCAAAUAACCAAAAUAUCAUUUAAGCGUCGAACAUUCUACGUUCAGCUUGUGAAAAAUAUGGAGUUAUCCGAUGAUAAUUCAAUCGUAUUCACAUUACGUAAUUAUCGUUGUUGUAAAUAUCUUUGGAAAUCAUGCGUCGAUCAUCAUACAUUCUUCCGUUUAACAACAACGGCGGUGGCUGCUGUUGCAUCCUCAUCACCGAAAAGAUUAUUUUCAUUUUCGAAUAAACUUCGUCACAAGAACGAGAGUUCCAAUCUACCAUCAAAUUCUUCACUCAUGGAAACAAUCGAGAAAAAACCAAAAGUAUUCGAAAGAGUAUCAAGUCAACGAAAUAAAGGCGCAAUCAAUGAGAAUCUUCCUUCGAUAGAAAGUUCCGAUGAACCCACGCCAAAACUUGCUAAUCUUGUGGAUAAUACAUCGUCAAUACCUCCGCCGAAACCUCCUCGGUUAAUCUCAAAACAAUCGCUAACGACUACUGUAAUUCUGGAAGCAAAUGAGUAUAAGCCGAAAAAUGCGAUACAAUCUCGUGAAAGUCUUCAAAAUCCUCCUACAACGAACUGUUCGAUGUCGUGUAUGACGACUGAUGCUACACAAAUCAAGCUAACACCAGAUGCUGAUGGUCGAUAUGGUUUUAAUGUUAAAAAAGGAGAAAAUGAACAAACACCAACUGUUAUUUCAAAAGUGGCACACAAUACACCAGCAAGUCGAGCAUCGAUUCAUGAAGGUGAUAUCAUAUUGGCUAUUAAUAAUAUUGACAUUCGAAAUCAUUCACAUGAUCAAAUCACCGAGAUGGUUCGACAUUCACGUGAACGGCCCUCGGCGGAAUUAGAAUUGUUAAUGAAGCCCAGAGAGGAACAGAAUUCAUUAGAAAAAUCAGUACAAAUCUUACGUAGUGACUUGAAAUCAGAACAAUUAGUUGAACAGUAUGAGGCACUCCAACGCCGAAAGGAUGGUUUUACAUUCGAAAUAAGCACCAAUCAAAUAAACUUUUACUGUAAUCGUUACAAAGAUGUGCUACCUUACGAUCAAACACGUGUUAUUCUCAAAACAAGUCUUGAAAACGACUAUAUCAAUGCUAGUUACAUCAAUAUGCCAAUUAUUUCGACUGAUACUGUCAAUCGUUAUAUUGCCACUCAAGGACCAUUGCCCACGACCUGUGAAGCCUUUUGGCGAAUGGUUUGGGAGCAACAAUGUACGUUAAUCAUCAUGCUGACGACAUUGUUUGAAAAUGGACGAGUCAAAUGUCAUCAAUACUGGCCGAAUGUUUUGGAGACGAUUGAUUAUGGACUAUUUCGAAUCCGUUGUAAUCGUGAACGAAAUGAAAAUAAUCUUAUGUAUCGUGAACUGAUCUGUUUGAACAAGGAAAGUCAUGAAGAACGAAUAAUCUAUCAAAUUCAGAACGAAAUUUGGCCUGAUCAUGGUGUUCCUACCGAUUAUGCAUCUUUCGUUGAUUUUGUCCUAGAAAUACGUGAAUUGCGAAAAGCAAAUAAACAUCUACCGAUUCUCGUGCAUUGCAGUGCGGGAAUCGGUCGAACAGGUGUUCUCAUCUUAGUGGAAACGGCUCUAUGUCUUAUGGAGAACAAUCAACCUGUUUUUCCAUUAAACAUUGUUCGACAAACGCGCGAACAACGUUUAGGAAUGAUACAAACAGCUAGUCAAUACCAAUUCGCGUGCGAAGCUAUUCUUUACGCUUAUGAUCACGGCUUGAUUGAAAUCAACAACAAUUAA